AUGAGAGGUGUUGCUUGGAACUGUAGAGGGUUGGGGCAGAACUCUACAGUUCAGGAGCUGAAGUCCCUGCUCAGGGUGCACUCUCCUGAUUUUGUGUUUUUGACUGAGCUCAAGGUGGAUGCCAAUCCACUGGUACGUAUUCUAAAAGAUCUUCACUUUUAUUUCCAUAUUUUUGUGCCGCCUAUUGGUAUUGCUGGGGGUAUCGUUUUAGCUUGGAAGGCUGGCUUUUGUUUUGAGUGUAUCUCAUGCUCUCGUAACCAUAUUUCAGGGCUUGUGUAUUCGGAUCCCCCUACCCACCCUUGGCUUCUAUCGUGUGUGUACGGACCGCCCUACAAUCAUGCAAAAAAACAUUUCUGGACUGAGAUCAUGGCUUUAGGAGACCGAUUUGGUGGUACUUGGUUGAUUUUUGGUGAUACUAAUUUUGUCCUUAGUCAUUCUGAGCGGGAGGGGUCGUCGGGUAGGGAUCCCUUUAUCCCUUUUAUUUCUAACCUGGUGGAGUCUCGUGGCCUUAUCAAUAUGCAUAUUAAAGGGGACAUGAUGACUUGGGAUAACCAUCAGUCGGGGGAGAGACAUGUUAAGUCGGCCCUUGAUAAAGGCAUAGUGAAUGGUGCCUGGCUUCACCUCUUCCCCAAAGCUACUCUCUGUUCUGUCCAGAGGAGUACUUCUCACCAUAGACCGUUAUGUCUUGAUACGGUAGGGACUGUACCUAAAUUUAAGAGGUGUUUCAAAUUUGAGAAAAGUUGGACGAGGGAUGCUAGAAGCAACCUUGUUGUUGCCAAUGCUUGGGUUUCGGUGGGUCAUUCUUGGGCUCCCGCACGCGUUUUCAAAAAGAUAGGUGCCACUCGGGUGGCUCUGUUUUAG